GGGGCUACUCUUUGGCAGACUAAGGAUACAGCUGGCGGAAGGAUGGGAAGGAGGCCGGCAUGGAGGGGGAAGGAGGGCUGGACAGUCAGGUGGUGGUUCAGCCACGACUGGAGAGAGGAUGAGACGGUUUGGUUGGCAUGGAUGGAGAGAGUUGGACAGGCAGGUUGACCAGAACCCAGACCUGGCAGGUAAAUGAGGAGUUGGGUCGGAGUGAAUGAGCUUGGCUGAGCACUGGGGCUGGGUAGAGGAAGAACAGCAGGAAUAGUUGGCUCAUGUCAGGGGCUGUGGCCAAGGCGUCAGCAGCCUAACUACAGGGGUCUGUAGUUCGAAGCCUGGGGGGAGGUCCAUUCUGCAGUUGGAGACUGAGGGACUCGGAGGCUGGGACCCGAGCAGAUAGCAGGGUCAGAGUAGGGACCAAGGACUAAAGGAUGGGACAGAACCUUCAAUGGCCAGGACCCAGGACCCAGGACUGUCUGCCAAGGGAAGGGUCUGGGGGCUCCAGAGCUCAGGCAGGAAGUGGAGGGUCAGUAGGAAAUGACACAGCUCAAUUCUGGGUGGGCCAUAUCCACCAGUCUGGGCACCCCUCUCCCUCAACACAGGCCUGGGAAGAACCCCAUUCUGCCCAAAGUCUCCAGGAGCCCAGAGUGGCCCCCAAGCCAGGGAGCCUGGAAAUUUGAGAGCCAGGCACUGGAAACCCUCUCUGGAAGUCCAUGGGGGAGGGGGACCUACCCAGAAACUCCCCGUGGUCUUUACGGGGAGGACAUUUUGAGGAGCAGAGCCGAGGGCGAGGGAUCAAGAACAGACAGGGAAGAGGCAGGAAGAGGGGCGAGCAGGAACAGGCUUAGGGACCGUUUUGGUUUGGGUUUCGAGGAGAAUUGUGUAACCCAGUGAUUGCUAGGUUUCCUCUCCCUGAGGGAGAAACCGCUGAAAGCUGCUCUCUUCCCAGAGCUCCCGCCCCGUUGUGCCUCUUCCUUUUGCUCAGGAAACACAGGACAGGAAGCACUUUCAGAAAUCAGCUAGUCCAGCUCCCCCAUGUUACAGACGGGAGCCCGAGGCACAGAAAUAAGAGGUGACUUGCUUGAGGGGAGAAUCCAAAUGAGAAACAGGUUCUACCUCCCGUUCCAGGCCUCCUCCCCCUCCCGGCACCCCUGUUCCUCCCUCACUGCAGAGCGACCCACUCGCCUUGGUAGCAGCUCGAUCAGUCUGCCCUCUGACUCCCUGGGGUAGAGCCUCCAGCAUUGCCAGCCACUCUGGGGCCCAGGCCAAGCCCGAGGAAUCCUUGGCAGAACAGAGUGUGCCUGCUCCAGGGGAGGUGGUGCCUGCUCUCAGAUCCCUGGGGGAAGCUCACAGGGCCUGCAUCUGGACAGAUCCGGAGUCCAGUUCUGAUCUGCAAAAUGGGAAGAAUACUAGCGCCCAGGCUGCCACACAGAGUUGUGCAGUUAGUUCACUGGAAAGGACACUUAGCCAAGGGAGUUAGUGGGGGCUGUGCAAGGCUGUGUCUGCCUGGGGGAAAGGGCACUGCCUUUCAGUCACACAGAUGUGCCAUAUGGUGUCUUCAGUAGCUUCCAUCCGUUAGUGGUUUUUGAGGGGCCAGUGGGAUGAUACACAGGCCCAUAGCACAGGCUCAGAAAAGGCACCUUCUCUUGAGUUCUCCCUUCUCGCAAGUUCUCCUCAAGCCCUCCCCUCAUUUUGCCCACCCUCUCCUCAUCUCUCCAGGGCUUGGCCUUUUGCUGCUCUCCUUGCUCCUGGCUCGAGCUGGUGUCUGGGGAUUUCCAAGGCCCCCAGGGAGACUCCCCCUGAGCCUAGAGGAGGAGUUCAAGGUCAGCCUGCAUCUUGCCAGGAAGCUACUGUCCGAGGUUCAGGCCCAGGCCCACCGCUUUGUGAGUUUCCCUAAUGCAACUGGCUCUGGGGAUGGACAGACCCUCACUCCCAUCUGGCCCCCACUAACAGACCUUGCCCUACAGGCUGAAGCUCACCUGCCAGGAGUGAACCUGGACCUCCUGCCCCUGGGACAGCAGCUCCCCAAUGUUUCCCUGACCUUCCAGGCCUGGUGCAGCCUCUCUGGAUCAGAGCGACUGUUCUUCCUCUCCAUGACACUGCACCCCUUUCAAGCCCUGUUGGGAGGGCUGGGGACCCAGGGAAGCUGGACCAGCUCAGAGAAGAUCAAGCUGUGGGCCAUGAGGCUGGAUCUCCGAGAUUUGCAGCGGCAUCUUCGCUUCCAGGUGCUGGCUGCAGGAUUCAACCUCCCCGAGGAGGAGAACGAGGAGGGGAAGGGGCUGCCCCCAGGGGCCCUGGACGGCCCCUCACAGACGUCAGCCCGGAUGUCCUGGCCCCAGCUCCUCUAUGCCUACCAGUUGCUGCACUCCUUGGAGCUGGUCUUGUCGCGGGCCGUGCGGGACUUGCUGCUGCUCUCCCAAGCUAAGAACCCAGGCCAGGCCUUGGGGUGCCCAACGCUGGCCGGCUCCCAGCCCUGACGGAGUGGUUUCUCAGCCCCUUCCCUCGCCGGUUAGGAUUUCACAAGGAGUCUGGGCCAACAGGACAGCCACCAGCUCCCUGCCUUAGACAAGGCAGGACUCCACUGCCCUCCCUCCCCAAUAACUUAAGGCCCCUCCAGUCCUGGCUGGAUAUUUAUUUCAUGGAUAUUUAUUUAUUGUUCAGGGAAAUGACGGGAUAUUUAUUGUUUCGGGACCUGCUGGCUGUCCUCGGCGAGGCCGCCAUUCUGGGUGCAUAAUAAAGCACUCUCACCCUC